UGCCCCAAACCAAGAAGAAAACCCGCGCGCGCGCGCAUUCCGCCGCCGUCGCCCGCCAUGGAUCAUGGAUGUCGUCGUCACACGCCAUGAUGGCUUCUCCCUACCUGCGCCGCCCACUCCCCGCCGCCUGUUGCGAUUAAACAACUCCGAUUCCACGCAAGCCAGCCCACCGCGCACGCAACCCACUCAGCUAACCUAGUAUUUUGUAGAGACCCCGCAGCGAACCGCGCGAUGCCAACGCUUCCGCUUCCGGGACUGGGAGACGGCGAGAGGGUGAGCCUGAGGGCAUUCUCGGCGGCGGCGCGAGGAGGAGCAUGGCGGUGACAGGGGUGGAGAUGGUGUGGGCGCGGAUACUGGAGGAGGGGGUGUUCCGGUUCGACGCGUCGGAGGCCGCGCGGGCGGCGGCGGGGCCCAGCCUCUCGUUCGCCGAGCCCCGCCGGCGGGAGGAGCCGCGCGCCGGGGCGGACCGGCCGGCGAUCGUGCCGGCGUGCGAGGUGGUGGGGGAGGUCCAGCGCGUCGUGGUUGAGCUUCCUUCUGGGACAUCUUUCUACGGCACUGGAGAAUCAAGCGGGCCACUUGAGAGAACUGGAAAGCUGGUUGUUGCUUGGAACACGGAUGCAGGGGAUUAUGGUCCAGGAACCACAUCACUAUAUCAGUCACACCCUUGGGUACUGGCUGUUCUUCCUGACGGGAAGGCAUUGGGAGUCCUUGCUGACACUACUUGCCGCUGUGAAAUUGACUUGCGGCAAGAAUCUACCAUGAAAUUUUCUGCCUCAUGUGCUUACCCUGUUAUAGUGUUUGGACCUUUUAAUACUCCAUCUGAAGUUACCACAUCCUUGUCUCACGCAAUAGGAACUAUCUCCAUGCCACCGAAAUGGUCACUCGGAUACCAUCAAUGUCGUUAUAGCUAUGAAUCUUCCGAAAAAGUACUACAGGUUGUAAAGACAUUUAGGGAGAGAGGAAUUCCCUGUGAUGUUGUAUGGAUGGAUAUUGAUUACAUGGAUGGCUUUAGGUGUUUCACGUUUGAUGGUCAUCGCUUCCCUGAUCCAAAAUGUAUGGUUGAUGAUCUCCAUUCGAUUGGCUGCAAAGCAAUCUGGAUGCUUGACCCAGGAAUCAAGAAUGAGAGCGGUUACUUUGCGUAUGAUAGCGGUUCGGAAAACGACGUUUGGGUUCAAAAGAAAGACAACACGCCAUUCGUUGGAGAAGUAUGGCCUGGUGAUUGUGUUUUCCCUGACUUUACAUGUGAAAGAGCACGCUCCUGGUGGUCUGGCUUAGUAAGGCAGUUCGUCUCCAAUGGUGUUGAUGGAUUAUGGAAUGAUAUGAAUGAACCUGCUGUUUUUAAUACUACUACCAAAACAAUGCCUGAGAGCAAUAUCCACAGAGGAGAUGCUAAUAUUGGUGGUCACCAGAAUCAUCCAUACUACCAUAACGUAUAUGGAAUGCUCAUGGCAAGAUCUACUUACGAGGGAAUGAAACAGGCCAAUUCAGCUAAACGACCAUUUGUUCUUACUCGAGCUGGUUUUAUAGGACUACAGCGCUAUGCUGCAACAUGGACCGGUGAUAAUGUAUCAAACUGGGAGCAUUUGCACAUGAGUAUACCCAUGAUUCUUCAAUUGGGUCUUAGUGGUCAACCAUUUGCAGGCCCAGAUAUUGGUGGAUUUGGUGGAAAUGCUACUCCAAAACUUUUUGGAAGAUGGAUGGGAGUGGGAGCAUUGUUUCCAUUUUCUCGUGGCCAUUCUGAGAAAGGAAGCUUGGACCAUGAGCCAUGGUCCUUUGGGGAAGAGUGUGAAGAGGUCUGUCGCCUUGCAUUACUAAGACGGUAUCGGCUAUUACCACACAUUUAUACUCUAUUUUACCUUUCUCAUAUGAACGGAACUCCUGUUGCUGCUCCAGUUUACUUCGCAGAUCCACAAGAUUUAGAGUUGAGGAAAAUUGAAACUUCCUUUCUCUUGGGAUCACUUCUAGUUUGUGCAAGCACUUAUCCUAACAAAGGAGCUCAUGAAUCUGGACAGAAGUUGCCAAAGGGAAUUUGGUUGUUGUUUGAUUUUGGAGAUUCACACCCUGAUCUGCCGAUGAUGUAUUUACGAGGUGGAGCAAUACUUCCCAUAGGCCUUCCUAUUAAGCAUGUUGGAGAAGCAAGAUUGGAGGAUGAAUUGUCAUUGAUUAUUGCAUUAGAUGAAAAUGGAAAAGCAGAAGGUGUCCUAUUUGAAGAUGAUGGGGAUGGAUAUGGGUUCCUUCAAGGGAAUUAUCUCUUGACAUAUUAUGUUGCAGAACUCCACUCAUCAGUGGUUACCAUUAAAGUUGCCCAAACUGAAGGAUCAUGGAAGAGGCCAAAUCGUAACUUAAAAAUAAAUAUAUUACUAGGUGGAGGUGCUAUGGUAACUACGCAUGGCAUUGAUGGGGGAGAAUUACAGCUAACAAUGCCUGCUGAUUCUGAAGUAUCAAGUCUAGUGGCAGCAAGUGAACUUGAGCACAAAAAGCGGUUGGAGAUGAUUCGACCUAUUCCAGACAUAGAUAAGCCAUUAGUGCGGGAAAUGGCUAAACUUUCUGAAACACCUAUUGAUUUGAAGUGCGGGGACUGGCUGCUUAAAGUUGUACCCUGGAUUGAUGGUCGUAUUAUCUCAAUGACACAUCUUCCAUCUGGUUCCCAAUGGCUAUACAACACAGACAGGAUCAAUGGUUAUGAGGAAUAUAAUUCGGUUGAAGAUUCUGCCGGCUGCACAGAACAGUAUAAUGUCAUUAGGAGGUAUCGCGAGCAAUCUGGAAAAGAGGAAUGUAUUUGUUUGCUAGGAGAUAUUGGUGGUGGUUUGGUUCUUCAGCGCAAAAUAUCCAUCUGUACGAAAAAUCCAGAGAUUUUUAAAAUUGACUCCAGUAUUCAAGCAAAACAGGUUGGAGCUGACUCUGGUGGGUUUUCAGGGUUGGCCUGUUUGAGGGUUCGUCCAACUUUCAUCCUUCACCAUCCAACAGAGGUUUCGGUUGUUUUUACAGCCACCAACGGUACAAAGCACGAGCUUUUCCCAGAGUCUGGAGAAGUGGUAUUUGAGGGAGAUCUUCGUCCCAAUGGGGAAUGGAUGCUGGUAGACAAUCGUGCGAAUCUGAGCUUGGUAAAUUGCUUCGAUCUCAGCCAGGUUAGCAUGUGUAAGUUGCACUGGGGAACUGAUCAUUUGAGCAUGGAACUGUGGUCAGAGCCAAGACUUGUUUCUAAGGGCACGCCAUUAAGAAUUUGCCACCAUUAUGAGGUGAGGAAAAUAAACUAAUUAAACUGUUAUAUAUAUGGAGCAGAAAUAACGGUACGGGUAUAUAUGUUGGAGGAUAACUAUCCGACUUGUUUUGCCACUAUUGUGACACUGUCUACUAUUGUGUACUACUAUUUGCCACCAUUAUGAGUAAUGCUACAUGAAGAGUGUACUAUUUAAUAUAUUGAUUCUUGUGUGAGAAUA